GUCACCCUCACGCGCCAGCAUCGAACGGCUCAGAUCGUGUUGAAAGAUCCAACGGCUGAUUCGACGUGGCCGCGCCGUUUAAAUCGAGGUUUUUAGCGUCCCGCGACGUCCGCGAGAUCCAUUUCUCUCGUUCUCGCGCUCGAUCUUUCGAUCUUUCUUUGAUUUCAAGAUCGAUACCUCGCGUUCGUCGUCGAUCGGUUCAGUUCGGGGUUUGAAGCUGAUGACUAUGUAUGAACAAGAUCCUGAUGUUCUCCAGUGGGGCCUCCAUCUUCUUCAUGGUGAUCCAUUUGCAAACUCUGGGUAUUGUGGAACAUCAAUGCAGAAUGACACUGGCUAUUACAGUGGAACUUAUGCUUUGGAAGAGGUAGCUGGACCUUCACAUAUAGAUGAAGAGCAUAUGCAAGCAACUGUUCUUGUGCACGAUUGGUUUGGUCCGCCCUUUAGGAACUACAACAGCUCAGAGAAUGAAGGUGGUGAUGAAGAAGAAGAUGAUAGGGAAGCCUCCAGCUCUUGUUCAAGUCCUGAAGAGAAACUAUAUGAAGAGGAAAGCUGGACUUGGGAGCUGACAGAUGAUUUUUCUGUCCUUGAUGGUGAAGUAGGCAAGAGGCUAAACCAGAUGGUCCCUAUUCCUCAUGUUCCCCGAAUAAAUGGAGAGAUUCCUUCAGUUGAUGAAGCCACGUCAGACCAUCAAAGGCUUCUUGAUAGGUUGCUAUUAUAUGAUCUGGUUGAGCUCAAGGUUCAAGGAGAUGGCAACUGUCAGUUCCGGGCAUUAUCAGAUCAAUUUUAUCGAAGUCCUGAGCACCACAAAUUUGUUAGACAGCAGGUUAUCAAUCAGCUUAAGUCUAAUCCUGAGAUCUAUGAGGGAUAUGUUCCCAUGGCUUAUGGUGACUACCUGAGAAAGCUUUCAAAAUCAGGGGAAUGGGGGGAUCAUGUCACUUUACAGGCUGCUGCUGAUUCGUAUGGUGUCAAAAUAUUCGUGAUAACAUCUUUCAAAGAUACUUGCUACAUUGAGAUUCUUCCUAAUAUUCAAAAGUCUAAACGAGUUAUUUUCUUGAGCUUUUGGGCUGAGGUGCAUUACAACUCCAUCUAUCCUGAAGGAGAGCUACCAAUCUCGGAAACCAAGAAAAAGAAGAGGUGGUGGCAUUUCGGAAACAAGCACUAGGGAGCUGGACUCCUGCAGUGAGCUUCUUACCGGAUGUAAAGAGAGAAGGGGGAAUGGGAAAUAAUAAUUUUAUAAGGGUUUAGUUCUUCUGUUCAAUGUGUGUUUUGAGAUUUGUCUUCUUUGACCAUGUCUUCCUAUUUCUUUUCUUCUGUUCUCCGAGAUCAUUAUUUUUAAUUGAGUUAUUUUUGGGUGUGGUUUUGUAUAAAGGCCCCUUUAUAAAGAAAUUCUCUCAGUUUGCUUCUUGUAAUCAAAUAAAACCUGAAGAUCUAUAGGAACCUUCUGGAACCUCUGCCGCCACUCCAAAGUCUUCGGAGUCCAGGGACAGCUUCUCUCUAGAUCGCUUCCUGAUCUGUGAAGCCUAGCAAGCAUCCAUCACAAUGCCAACAUGUAAUCUCGUGCUCUGUACCCGAGUGGAUCAUGUUUCGAAGGUUGUGAUCAAGGCCAAUGAUUUUGCUGGUGAUGGGACCACAACUGCAUCCGUCCUUCCAUGCAAGAUCAUCAGCCUCGGAUGCAGAGUGCCACCUCUGAACCCGGUUUCCAUCAAGGAGGGCAUUAAGAAUGUGCAGGGGCUUGUGGAAGUGCUUGAGAAGAAAACCUGACCUGCCAAGUGUCCAGGGAUGUGGGGAUAUCAAAGCCGAAGUUGCACAAAGGAGAUGGGCUAUUAAUGAGAUCAGACCGUUUUGUGGAGCCAUUGCCUCUCUUUCAGUUGGUAAUGAUAAGUUUGCCGGAGACAUGAUUACUGAUAUCAUUAAUAAGAGGAUGUAACUGGUGAGGCUUUGGCAAUAUAUGUUACGAAUAAGCGGCGAACGUUUCUGCAAUUAAAGCUCCUGGUUUUGGCGACAGGAGAAAGACCCUUCUUUAAGAUUUUGCCAUCUUGAUAGGAGUUCGGGCAACAGAGGAUGGGACUUGGGUGGCGCGGCCAGGCCCAAGUGGGGAGUUUAGCGCGGUAUGAAGGUAAUGAAGAAAUUUGGGAAAUUUUCAAAGUUAUAAUUAAAUUUAAAAGAUUGAUCAUUUAUUUGUAAUACACAUUAAUAUUAUAUAUGAGCUAGUCCUAGAAAUGUGCAUGCAUGUGUUUUAGAGAAUAACAGGUCAGGUUUGCCUUUGGAUCAGCUAAAUCAGAUAUCCAUCCAUCAAAUAUAUGAUGAAAAGGACCUUCACAGUAACAUUGAAGUUCUUCUAGAUUAAUUACAAAGUCAACAAGGGUAGAAGAAACUAACAGCGGUUGUUUGUUUUGGAGGUUGUAAGGGGGUGGUCUAGAACCAUUGAAGUUUGAAAUCCAAAAGUGUGAACAGAGAAGAGUUUAUGUCUAAGGAAUUGAGCAUCCAUUGAAGACCAGAAAGCCCAAUUCCACCGUCCACAAGUUAAAAGAGUAGUUCAACCUCUCCAGAAAGAAGACUUUGGAGACAACACCAUUUUUUAAUAAAGUAAACGGAAGAAGAUUCUAUGCCCAAGACUGAAGAUUUCAUUCCCAGAUUCAUACACAAUUUGAACAUGCAAUGCUUCAGAGUCAAUCUUCAUUUGGUCAUUUUGAUUGGACGUUAUUAUUAAAUAUUCAUAUGAAAAAAUAUCAAACAAGCAUUGAAAGAUAAUUAAUUAAUAGGGGGAGCAGAUAUUGACAUAUUGAUAACCAUGUUGUAAAUUAUGUGUCUAAACAUGUUAGACUUGGUCAGUUCCUAAUUAUCAAUUUCCAUCACGUCAUAGUUAUGGCAAGAAAGGAAAAUUCCUGGCAGGUUUUGUGCGUUC